AUGGCAAAUUGGUGCGAGCUCCAAUAUGACAUGCUGGAAGUUAUUGCACAGCACCUCACCAAGAUUGAAGACUACGUGGCUUUCGGUGCAGUUUGCACCUCAUGGCGAGCUGCGGCGGCAAACAAGAAGAAGAAUUUUAGAGGGAUUCCGUUAUGGAAGCAGAUUCCUUGUCUCAUGGUUGCUGCAAAAGAUGAAAACGAUGUCGGUGAUCGGGAGUUCUACAGUUUGCUGGAGAAUGAAGUUGUGGCCAAAGUGAAUCUACCAAAACUUAAAGGUAAGAGGUGUCUGGAAUCGUUCGGAUGGUUAUUAGUUAUAGAAGAAAAAGGGGACAUGAGUUUGCUGAAUCCCUUCUCGUCGGGUCCCGAAAUUCCGUUACCCAACCAGAAUACUGUUCCAGGGUACGAUCGCUAUGAACCCGAUGCGUUUAUUUUCGUGGAAAAGUUCGCGUUGUCUGCAAGGCCAAGCGAGGCCGAGGAGGAGGACUAUGUGGUAAUGCUCAUUUGUGGAUCCGUUAGAUUCUUGGCAUUCUGGAAGCCAGGGGACCAAAGCUGGAACAGAGUUGUGCUGCGAGUGUCUGUAUACAGCGACGUCACCUAUUACAACGGCCAAAUCUAUGCAGUUGAUAAGAAGGGAAAUGUUGUGGUUUGCAACCCCAAGAUUAAUGGAGAAGCUAGGAUUCUUGCUACUUUAUGCUAUCGCUUUUGGUACCUCAAGCAGUUAUACAUUGCAGAAUCUGAGAGGGAGGAGUCGCUCCUGGUCGUUACUAGAGAUAAUUUCCCCUUUUUUGACGACGACGCGGAAGACCGUGAGCCUAGGUACGGCACUGCUGAAUUUAAGGUUUUUGAGCUGGAUUUAUCGGCAGGAGGAAGAGGAGGAGGACAAGGGGGGUCAUGGUCAUCAUCUCGAUUGUGUUUGAAAGAAAUCAAGAGCUUGGGAAACAGAGCGCUUUUUCUUGGCCAUAGUGCUACAGUUUCGUUUGAGGUCCCUUCAAAUGGUAAACUAGCCCCAGGAAUCAAACCCAAUCAUAUAUACUUCACAGACGAUUGCUGGUUGGGAUACGGCGCCACUGCAGGAGGUGGAGGCAAAGACAUGGGUGUCUACAACAUGGAAACAGGAACCGUCGAGCCCUUUUACCAUGCCCCUAAGGUGCUCAGCUAUAUUUGCCCCUCUGCCUGGAUUACACCCAACUUUUAG